AUGGCUGGAAAUAAAAUUAACCCUAAAGCUAAGGGCAAAGAAGAUAAGAGUAAAGUAAGUAAGAGUGUGAACCAAAAUAAUGAAGAAGGUGACAACAUGGAUUUUGCAGUGCUCAGAAAACCAAUACCUACAAGUAUAACAGGAUUUGCCCAAGCUAGAAAGAUAUUUGAUUUGGCUACUGAAGAACUUAAAGAUUUACUAACAAAUGAGUGUGAUUUGAUGUAUGAAUGCAAAGUAUGCCGAAACAUAUUUAGAAGUUUGGCAAAUUUCAUAUCACAUAAAAGGAUUUACUGUAAAGAGAAAUUCAAUACUUCUCUUCAUGGGCAUUUUGUCAGCAUAAACUCAACAGCAACAGAAAUCAAGAAAAUACAAAGAAUUGAAAAAGGUUACCAAGAGUCAUUGAAAGAGAAAAAGGAAGAAGUAUCCAAUCAUAUGGAUGAUAACAAUGACCGUAUACCAUUAACUAAAGAUUUAACAGCAGUUUAUGAGAAGAUCAUAAAGACUAAAGGAAUUUACAGCAGCAAUGAAAACCCUGAAGUUGUGUUACAGAAGAUUCCAAGCAGUUCUGUUGCUGUAUUUCAGAAUAUGAAGAGUGAAGAAUGUGGUGACAAAAUGAGGACUGAAAUAAAUGAACUUGACACCAUAUUAUCCUGUGACAAGGCAGUUCUCCAGAGCGAUGGAAAGUUCGUAAUCGAGAGCUCAAAAGAACUUGACAGAUCUCAGGAUCAUGAUGGUGUUAUACAGAUCAGUGACGAUGAUGACGAUGAUUCUAAUGUCUUGAAAUGUAAGAUUUGUGACCUUCAAUUUUCCACCCAGAAGACAUUGAAGUUUCAUAUGAAGUACAAGCACCUGGAGAGCCGACUAGUGUAUCCUUGUCCAGACUGUUUGGAAAUAUUCUCUACUUCAUGGAGUGUCUAUAGGCAUUUAUUUAAAGUGCAUAGAAAAACUGCAGCACAGAUCAGAAGGUUAAGAGAAUCUAUUCAAGCAAAAGCCUUUAAAAUGAAUAACCGGCCGGCGUUCUAUGAGAAACGAAAGGGCAUAAAGAUCGCUACAGCUCAGAAAAUAACAGAGGAAGAAAGAUUAGAUCAGGAAAAUCAGGCGUGGAUGGACAACAUGGAAGGCGAUGGCGAAGUGCCUCGCUGCGGCGGAUGCGGUCGCACGUUUGAGCGCCGCGCCGCGUUGGCCGCGCACACGCACACCUGCCAGCCGCGCAGCCGCGCGCUUGCUCGCCGCCCCGACGCCAAAAAGAUUGAAAUACAAAUCCGCAAGGACUACAACAAAUCUACUAUCACUGGCUUGCCUAUUAUCAAGGCCGUCGAUAACCUCGAUAACAAAGCACCGGUCGAAGAUGUUCCACCUACCAAGGCACAGGUGGAAGAUGAAAAGCCUCCGGAGAAUGACGACAAAGACUCUGAUGAUGUCCCUAUGGAUCUCGCUGAUGACGAUCUAAGAUCCAAUGACAGUGCAGAGUCGCCAGAAAAAAAUUCAGAACCUAAACAUGUAGACACUUGUCAGCCUCUUAUAAGACUUCCUUUCGCUAUGCAAUCCGAAAAAAGCAACCUAGCUGCCUUUAGGCGAAGAAUUCAACCUGACAUAAUAUUUUACAAACUCCUUUGCAAAAAAUGUGACAAAACACUUGAUAGUCCCAAGGAUCUGUUUAACCACAUGGCGGACCACGUCAAAUGGAUGCGUUACGCGUGCAAACUCUGCAACUUUAAACAUUACAAUUUUGAACAGCUACCUGAACACGUGAAAACAGUGCAUAAACUUAAAGGAGAUAAGGAUUUCUAUUUCAGCACUGUUAAAGCCAUUGAUGGCACUGAAGCCAUGAUUAUAAGCAAAUGUUUGACUGAAUCUGACACUGCAGAUGAAGCUGUCGAAACUAAUGAAGCUAGUCCAGAGUCUCGACGACCAAGUAGAUGUUCUAGUGACUCUAGUCGGUUGUCAGAUGAUAGUUCUUCGAGCAACACUAUUAAAGAAAGUGGUCCUAGAAAGAGAAAAAUGCAUAACGUCAAAAACAAUGCUAAAAGGAAGAAAGAUGCUGUAAAUGAUGAUGGUGAUGAGCAGAAAGAUGAAAUUACAAUGGACAAAGUAUUGAAAUCAAUCAUAGGUGACGGCACUUGUUCUUCCAACGUUAAACCGUUUGAGGAAAAUUCUUCCGACAUAGAUGAUAUUGAAGAAAAAAUAUCAAAAAGACAAGCAAUUGAAGACACGCCUCCAGUAGCUUCUCGCCGACCAGUACGAAAAAGGACCAAACCAAAACAUGAAGAUUUCGAGUAUGAUCUUUCUAAUUUAUUAAAAAUGGAAGCCCAAGGUUAUAGAGACUCUCUUUCGAUAACAACUACCAAGACUACGCAGUCAGUUAAUACUACCAAACCAACUGUAUCAGUCACAAGUGCAAAAACUAAUCUAACAAAGAAAGAAAGAAAAAUCCAAGUUGAAGUACCUAAUAAUUUCGAAGUUCUUAAUAAAGACUGUUGUGGAGCUCUUCUUACCUUGUCUAAAAAGGCUGUAGACAAAGCAGCAGCUGUAAUGAAAACAUCUUGUUUUGUAGUGUACAGUGCACCAAGACCUAACAUAUUUGUCAGACCUAUGAUACCAAGAAUACUUUCAAGAGGUGACAAAGGAUCGCCUAAAAAGGAUGUUACUGAUGAUUUGAAGGAUGGCAGUGGUGCAACCAAAACUUUAAAGGGUUUAGAGCUUUCAGGAAAUCACAUUAACUCAAAAGAAAACAAAGACGAAGAUCCGAAGGAUGAAUAUAAAGACACUACAAAAACACCCGGAGAUGCUAAAUCCCUUUCCAACGACACUAAAGAUCUCGGAGAGGAUGAAGUUAAGUCAUCUAAUAAAGAAUCCGAAAAUGGCCCCUCAAGUAGUGUGGGUAACCAAAACUCUGUUUCUGAUGAACGUGAAUGUGAUUCAGCUGAAAAUUCCAUACUAAAAUGUAAUACUGCUAGUGGUAAUAUCCCAGCUGUGGUUCCAAUUAAAUUCCGUCGCCAAAGUUUGGAAAUAAUUAAAAAUAAUCCUAUUAUAAGUAAAAAUAUUACAGAUUUUACUAAGGCAGGAAUGAAAACUAAAAUAUUGGUGAUCAAACCAAUAAAUAGGAAAAAAGAUGGCGGUCCAACAGUGAAUGCUCCUUUAAAAUUUCAAACUAUUAAACUAAAAGAUCCUACCAAAAAUUCUAGUGAUGAUAAACAAUCUGAUCAGGUAAUGGUAGUUAAAGUUCCUAAGGUGCCAUGUGCAACUGCAACAGUAAAUGAGAAACCUGUGUUAGUGAAUACCAGUGUAAUUGAUGUUGUCACCAAUCAGGAGAAUGCAGAAAAGAAGUGUGAAAUGGAUAUUGGAAUAAGUGCUGAAAAUAAAGCAAGUAAUGAAAGCGAACUUGCAGGAAAAGAUAACAAUGAAGCAGUUACAUCAAAUUCUGAUGUGGUUAGUGAUAUUACAGUUAAGGAUAGUGUAGGUGUUUCUGACAAAUCUGAAAAUGUUGAAACAGUAUCUUAACAUGUGUCAGCUAUAUGAGUUGAUAGGUAGACUUAAGCUGUUGUUUAUUUACGACGUUUUGCGCCAAAUUGAAUAUGUAUUAACAACAUAAAAUGCAUAUGAAUUCGCAUUAUGUUAUGUGGUAUAUUUCAGUUUUCUUGUUUAAGUAGCUUACCUCUGUGUUUCCAAUUUAGAUGUGAUUUGACUAGAUGUUAUUGACUAGCAGGGUUAUGAUUUUCUGUUCAAAGAAAGUU